GACUCCCGGCAGAUCCUCCCAGAGGACGGUUUGAAACGCAGGAAGGCAGAGAGGGCACCUGGGAGGAGGCGGUGGGAGGGCGGAGGGCGGGGGCUGGGGCUCGGCCCAGAGCCUUCGGGGUGGGCAUCCUGGGCAGGGCAGGUGGCCGAGGUGUGAAGAGGGGAGGAUGCGCCUCUCCAAAACCCUUGUCGACAUGGACAUGGCCGACUACAGUGCUGCGCUGGACCCAGCCUACACCACCCUGGAGUUUGAGAAUGUGCAGGUGUUGACGAUGGGCAAUGACACGUCCCCAUCAGAAGGUACCAACCUCAACGCACCCAACAGCCUGGGUGUCAGCGCCCUGUGUGCCAUCUGUGGGGACCGGGCCACAGGCAAACACUAUGGUGCCUCAAGCUGUGACGGCUGCAAGGGCUUCUUCCGGAGGAGUGUGAGGAAGAACCACAUGUACUCCUGCAGAUUUAGCCGGCAGUGCGUGGUGGACAAGGACAAGAGGAACCAGUGCCGCUACUGCAGGCUCAAGAAGUGCUUCCGGGCUGGCAUGAAGAAGGAAGCCGUCCAGAACGAACGGGACCGGAUCAGCACUCGCAGGUCGAGCUACGAAGACAGCAGCCUGCCCUCCAUCAACGCGCUCCUGCAGGCCGAGGUCCUGUCCCAGCAGAUCACCUCCCCUGUCUCUGGAAUCAAUGGUGACAUUCGGGCAAAGAAGAUCGCCAGCAUCGCGGAUGUGUGUGAGUCCAUGAAAGAGCAGCUGCUGGUGCUCGUCGAGUGGGCCAAGUACAUCCCAGCUUUCUGCGAGCUCCCCCUGGACGACCAGGUGGCCCUGCUCAGAGCCCAUGCUGGCGAGCACCUGCUGCUCGGAGCCACCAAGCGCUCCAUGGUGUUCAAGGACGUUCUGCUUCUAGGCAAUGACUACAUCGUCCCUCGGCACUGCCCAGAGCUGGCAGAGAUGAGCCGUGUGUCCAUCCGCAUCCUGGAUGAGCUGGUGCUGCCCUUUCAGGAGCUGCAGAUCGAUGACAAUGAGUAUGCCUGCCUCAAAGCCAUCAUCUUCUUUGACCCAGAUGCCAAGGGGCUGAGCGACCCGGGCAAGAUCAAGAGGCUGCGUUCCCAGGUGCAGGUGAGCCUGGAGGACUACAUCAACGACCGCCAGUACGACUCACGCGGCCGCUUCGGCGAGCUGCUGCUGCUGCUGCCCACCCUACAGAGCAUCACCUGGCAGAUGAUCGAGCAGAUCCAGUUCAUCAAGCUCUUUGGCAUGGCCAAGAUCGACAACCUGCUGCAGGAGAUGCUGCUGGGAGGGUCCUCCAGUGAUGCACCUCAUGCCCAUCACCCCCUGCACCCUCACCUGAUGCAGGAACACAUGGGCACCAACGUCAUUGUUGCCAACACGAUGCCUGCUCACCUCAGCAACGGACAGAUGUGUGAGUGGCCCCGACCCAGGGGGCAGGCAGCCACCCCUGAGACUCCACAGCCCUCACCGCCAGGUGGCUCAGGGUCUGAGCCCUACAAGCUCCUGCCGGGAGCCAUCGCCACAAUCGUCAAGCCCCCCUCUGCAAUCCCACAGCCGACCAUCACCAAGCAGGAAGUCAUCUAGCAAGUCACUAGGGGGAGGGGGCUCUGCCAGCCCCCCGGCCCCCUCAGAGAGCCCCGAUGGUCACUUGGUCACAGCGAAGAAAGCUGUGACAACAGGGCCAGUCCCAGAGCAGUAAUGGAAAGGGCGAGCGCCCUAGAACUUGGGCUAUGGGCCACGUCCCACUGCCACCCUUCACUACCCGCUCUGGUGACGGGGCUGUGACUUGGGGAGACCCCCGUUGAAACAUCCUCCGCUGCCUCGGACAACUUUUCUCCUGCCGACGCCA